CGGAAACAUCUGUUCGCUUUUCCUGCGCGAUGAUCAGUCGCUCGCCAGACGAACGGGAGCGUGCGCCAGCAGGAACUGUCUGUGGCUUCCAAUAGGCCAGCGGGACUAGUAGAGAUCGAGCCUGAGCGCAGAGAGCGGACCGAGCGGGGACCGAGGCGGCCACUCAUCGCAUCGCGUUUUGUUGUCGCUGGAUGUUGCGGGCUUUGCGGUCGCGCAUUGUGUGUCGACGAUUGCAGGAACCGAGUCACCAUUGACGCAAAUAGCGACGAUCACCAAUUAGCAGCGCGUGCUGGCCUGCUUCAACUUAAAAACGGCGACGCUCGGCGUGCAACUAACACUUCGCGACCAACAAAAGGCAAACGAACAAAAAAGUUUUUUUAUGCAUGUUUGCUACAGGUGCAAGCUGUGAUACGCUACACGCGAUUACAGAUUUGCGUAGUAGUUGUGCAUUCCGACGUAAAUGAAAACUUGUGCGCGAUAUAAACAAUGACAUCAUGAGCAUAAUCGCGUUGACGUGACGUCACACGUUGGUAUCAUCUAAAAAAAAUAUCAAAUUAAUAGUUUAAAUAAAUAAAAAAACAUGGGUGGCUCAGUGAGCCAGGCCUUUCAAUCGGGCACCAGCGCAUUGCUAUCAACCAGCCAUGGGCAUAAAGUAUCCGAAGCGACCAAACAAAAAGUCCAAACUGUUUUCGACGCCCUGCGGGCAAACCCUAAAGUCAGCGUGCAACGUCUAGAAGGCUUACUUCAACAAAUACCCAAGAAUGAAAACAUCCUUGCGAUUCACGAUGAAUUGGGCUAUAAUUUGCUGCAAAAAUGCGUUGGGGCUAAUAAUGUCGACUUAGUAAGAUGGUUAUUACUCAGACAUACCUCCGACGUGAAUCGAUGCCCAUGCAGUUUACCCCUGCACAUCGCCUGCCUCAAAGGGCACGAUGAAUGCGUGGACUUGCUGUUGAAACACGGCGCAAAGGUGGACGUCGAGGCGAGAAUGUGUUGGCCAAGUCCUCAUAGCAGCAACUGUGAAGAGCGAGGAAAAUAUACACCUGUCCAACAAGAGGAACCCUGCACACUGGCGAACGAACGUGAUCGUGAACGAAUGCCCUCGAAUAAACUGCAAUCAGCAAUGUACUAUGCAUUGGACGGUGAUCAAGUGAAUAUACUCACGAUGCUCGCACAGAAAUGCGAAGAUUUCUGGAAUGUGGUAUUCCGUUCGAGGAAACCUCUCCUGCACGCAGCGUGUGAACGCGGCGCAUGGAAAUGCACCCAGUUUCUAGUAACCGAACGUUCUGAAGAGAUCCACAUCCUCAAGGACGAGUACUACCCCAUUCACUACGCGGUGUGCAACGAUCAUAAAUUUUUGGAACUGCUGAUCAACGCCGGAGCUGACACAACAGUCCGCACCAGUACACAACAGAUGACGCUCUUGCACGUUGUGUUUUUGGUUGCGCACAAAUCCGCCGAGGACACCAUUUCUACAAUAAGACUACUAUUGGAUAACGGAUGUAAAGAAUUGCUGAACAUACCGGAUACGCUAGGAAAUACACCGCUGCAUGCGCUGAUAGUGCGAUAUGCGCUCGAGGAAGCGCGGUAUGGUUACGAUAAAUGGAACAAGUGGGACAUCCUACAUCUGGUUAGAUACAUGCUGCAAUCGGGGGCGAAGCAAUCCAUCAAUCAACCGGGGAACUCGGCGUUGGCGUGCGUGUUGCGACAUGUCAGAGACUGGGAGAUUUGUUAUGAACUGCUGAACAUGUUGCUGAAAGAGGACGGCUUGCCGAAUCUAGUAGGCAGGGAUGGUUCAGCCCCAAUUAUGAUCUGUUUGGUGCCACUGAUCAAUAAGGAUCCUUUGCAUCACUUCACACACAGUAUGAAAGUGUGUUACUUGAACUGUAUCCGUAUUCUACUGAAACAUCGCGCCAACCCGAACUGCAGCUAUCGCUCGAAUCUCACCCCUUUGCACGUGCUGGUCUUUACCGUCUCGGAGAACAUCACGCUCAACUGCGACCAACAGAAACGCACCAACUUCGAAUUCAUCAAGAAUCUACUUAUUCUAUUACUCACGCACGGAUUGGACCCGAACGUGCGCGCCUCCAGCACCAAACAACACAUUCUACAGUCCUGCAUGGAUAUGAUUCAGAAUGUGCGCGACUGUCGAGACAUUCACUACGUCUACGACCUAACCUUAACUCUGAUCCAAUAUGGUGCCAAUCCUGAUUUGAGGUUAAACAUCUCGGACACAAUCAGCAAGCAACCCACAGUGCCACAACCGCACAUCUUCUGGAAAAGCAAGAAUUAUAUACUCUAUUAUUACAUAAUGCUGGUGUCGCGCAAGGAGAACAUCGUCAUGGAUCCGCAUCUGUCGUUCGCUAAGAUAAUUCACUUGUUUUACAUGGUAAUGGAACACAAGCCGCUCUUUGAGUGUCUGCACGUGCUGUACACGCAACUGCUGAGCAUUGUGCCCGGCAGGAUGACCGAACCGAUGACGUAUAUCAUUCGUGAUUUGUAUAGGAAGCCGCGCAGUUUGAAGCAGAUGUGUCGGGUGAGGAUACACAACUGCAUCGGGCGCAAGCCGGGCGUGCACAUCAACAAGCUCAACUUGCCGAAUCAGUUGAAGGAUUACCUGUUGAACUUUGAGCCUUAAAGCAAACAGAAGGAAGAGACAAACAUUCACAACACUGUUAUAAACUGAUUCAAGUGUUUUGUUAUAUGCGUUUAAUGCGAUAUAUAAAAGUGUGACUUAAAAUGGCAUGUGUUAAGUAUUCAGAAGUGGAAGAAAGGUAAGUGAGUUUGAAAUAGUGGUGAAUAUGUGUAGUCUUAUAUCGAAAUAAACGCAGAACUCAUUA